CUUCCCAUUUCCUUCAUGUCCCUGAAAAACACACGCAACGCGUCCAGAGCAACUUCGCUUCAAAGCAAGACUAACUCUGUUUUCUUCACCAACCAAAAUCCACAAGAACCGAGUGAAGCUCGCUUCCCGCGACCAGAUGCUCCACUUCUUCCUCGCAGUCCUUCACGGUUAGAGAUGAUGGGUCGCCGUGUCGGGUCAGCUUAUGUUGUUCUUUAUGUUCUUGUUUGUCAACUCUUCGUGUCGAAUUUGGGUGACUAUGUGUCGGACUCGGAGUCGGGCGAGUACACGUCGGCAAUAGGAGACCCGGGAAUGAGGAACCCAAAUGUGAGAGUUGCGUUGGAAGCUUGGAACUUCUGCAAUGAAGUUGGAAGUGAAGCGCCCGGCAUGGGCAGCCCCAGGCUCGCUGAUUGUGCUGAUAUCCAUUGUCCGACUGUUACUACUACCGCCUCUCUUGACGUGGAGAGUAAGUGUGUACUUCAUCACAGAGUUAAUGAAUCAGACAACAACUUAAGGGCUGGCGAUAUGUUUCCCUUAAGGGAUUUCAAGUCAUACACAGACCCUGACUUGUAUGCAACGGAAAAGGAACUGUAUCUUGCUCGUUUAUGCGAGGUUCAUAAUUCAUCGGAUCCAUGGCAGUUUUGGAUGGUCAUGCUUAAGAAUGGAAAUUUUGACAAGAACACUACUCUUUGUCCUGAAAAUGGCAAGCACUUAAGCAAAAUUGUAACAGAUAGGAACUUUCCAUGUUUCGGUGAAGGUUGCAUGAACCAGCCCCUCGUGUACCAUAACUACUCAAGAUUGGUUUCUGACGGUUACCAAAAAUUGUCUGUGACUGGAGGAUUUUAUGGAACUUAUGAUCUUGAUGCUGAUUUGACCAACGGUAUCGGAAGGAACUCCUACUUUUCGGUCUCCUGGCAGAAAAACCUGAGCACAGGAAGUUGGAUUUUCUCGCAGAGGUUGACAACAUCUUCAAAGUAUCCCUGGCUUAUGUUGUAUCUGCGUGCAGAUGCAACAAAAGGAUUUAAUGGUGGUUACCACUACGAUGGUCGUGGCAUCAUGAGAAAGCUGCCAGUGUCUCCACAUUUUAAAGUACGAUUAACACUUGAUGUUAAACGUGGAGGAGGGCCAAACAGUCAGUUUUAUAUGCUUGAUAUAGGAAGCUGUUGGAAGAAUAAUGGAAAACCAUGUGAUGGUAAUGUUCUGACAGAUGUAACUAGAUAUAGUGAAAUGAUAAUAAAUCCAGAAACAACAAGCUGGUGUCGGCCAGAUAACCUUGUCUCCUGCCCGCCUUACCAUGUUACUGUUAGCGGUGACAUAACAUACAGAAAUGAAACAUCUCGGUUUCCAUAUUCUGCUUACCAUCUCUACUGUGCUCCUGGGAAUGCUGAAUAUCUGGAGAAACCAUAUGAUAUAUGUGAUCCAUAUAGCAAUCCACAAGCACAGGAAUUGGUGCAAAUUCUUCCGCAUCCGGAAUGGGCUGUGCAUGGCUAUCCUGGAAAGCAAGGAAAUGGAUGGGUUGGCGACCCCAGGACGUGGGAGCUUGAUGUGGGUGCCCUCUCUAGCCGGUUGUACUUCUACCAGGACCCAGGAACAAAACCAGCAGAGAGGGUAUGGUCUUCGAUUAAUGUUGGUACAGAAAUAUACGUCAGUAACUCGGGAGAGACUGCGGAAUGGACUGUAAGUGAUUUUGAUGUACUAGUUCCUGAAGGUGUUGAAGGUGGUUAUAGCUCUUAUUGAAAUCUCCCCAUUAUGAUCACCGUUCUUUUCUUUUUCGUUUCUCUUUCGUUGAAAUAAGCAACCCUCUAGUUAUUAAUGUAAAUAAAGUUCAAAAUGUCUGUGCAUGUAUACAUAUACAAAUUCCAUGUACGUAUACCAAAUGCCAUUGAUACAUUUGAGGACACAAUUUGGUGGGCUUCA